GUCGCUAUUGGUCAGCAUGGUGUAUGUGAAGAAUAACCUUUAAUCAUGAAUUAUAUAUAUAAAUAACGAGAGAUGUUACAUUUCAAAGACAUUUCAAAGACAUUGCACUUAUAAUAAUCAUUGCGAUAAAAACCUAUUGCAUUCCUUAUUUAUAAGAAUCUUUACACUCCGAAUGCACGUCAAUAAAAAAAUUUUGUUAUAACCUGUACUGUUUGACAUUUGUGUUCAGCGUUCCGGGUGUUUUGUUAGAAGAAAAGUGAUCAGCGCACGAUUCUUCAAACCAUUGACAUUGUAACCGUUGAGUGUAACAUAAAAUAAUGUCUAAUGGUGAACGUAAUAAAUAGGGGAAAAUUAAUUUACAGAAAUAUGUAUACACAUUAUUUGAAUCUCUGCUGUUGAGUGACAUGUGUAGCGUGAUGUGACAGUAAAGAUUCUGUGAGAGAAUGUGGAUAAUCGCAGACAAAUUCGCGAGAUCUCAAAAUAUAGUCGCCUCGUUUGUAAAAAGGUGACUAUUGAUUAUACAUUUUUUUUUUCGUUCAACUUAUAUUGUAAUUAUGGAGAUAAUAAAUGCUAAAGAUACCAGCGAAGCAUACGCUUCUCUGUCCACAAAGCGUUGCGAGAAUUCCAUACUAGUUUCGUGCAAUUGGCAGAUUAUCAAUAAUAAGCAGUUCAAUGAUGUUAUUACCACCGCAUCGUUACAGCAUGCACCUGCAAAAAUAAACUGUGAAGAUGUAGCUUUUCUGGAUACCUGUAUCGCUUUGCAAUCGUCAAACCUUGAACCUUGUAUGUUGGACAUUAAGAUAACAAACUGCCAGAAAAUAGCACGCAUUGCUAUUGUUUCCGAAGGCAAUGUUCUAGAAAUCUUCAAACAAUAUGGAGAAUAUGAAACAACAAUACUUGCCAAGUUUGUAGAUGAGUAUGAAGAAAAUAUUGUUUUUCUUGGAGAAACAACAAUACAACCUCCUACAACAGAAGCUAGUAUUAAGUUUACCAGAACAAAAAAUAAAAGCUCUACCAUGUGGAUAUACGGUAUAAAAUUGUUUUUGAUAGAUUGUAUAAAAGAGGCAAAACCUAGUGCCUUCAACUCUGAUAUUAUUCAGACUUUUCUUAGUAAUUGCAAUGGCAAAGCGAAUCAGGGAGCUGAAAUGGCAAUGGAAGUACUUGGCUAUUAUGAUAAACAAGAAAUUAUGAAUAAGACACAGUUUUGCCAGAAAAAUUUGGAAAAUUUUGUUUUAAACUCUGAGAAUUCCGAAUGUAAAAAUGGGAUUAGAAGAGACAAUGAAAAAGACUGUUCAAACUGUGAAGAUAGUUACAGAAAAUCAAAUUCCAUACCAUGUAAAAGUGAAAUUGAAAAGAGAGACAAUGAAAAUGAAUGUACAAAUUGUGAAGAAGCUUAUAAAAAAUCAGAUAUGGAUAUUGCACCUUGCAUGAAUAGUAAAAUGGAAUCUAUAAAAGAAGUAAAAUCAGGUGCCUUUGAUUAUAAAAACUUUAUUCAGACUUUUCUCAGUAACAGCAGUGGCAAUAUGAAUCAGGAAGCUGAAAUGGCAAUAAGAAUACUUGGAUAUUAUAAUAAACAAAAGAUUAUAAAUAACGAUGAGGAAAAUUUGAAAAUUCUUGCUUCAAACUCAGAGUAUCUUAGACAUAAAAGUAUGAAUGGAAGAGAUAGUGAAAAAGAAUGUUCAAAUCAUGGAGGUGAGCAUGAAAAAUUAAAUUCUUUCGAAAACGAAAAUGUAAGACGAGGCAGUAAAAAGGAUUAUUUACAUUUUGAUGAAGAUAAAAAAUUUGACAUAGAUAUUAUAACCUAUAUCGAUAAUAAAUUCUACGAUAUGGAGAAUAAAUUAAUGGAAAGGAUAGAUAAAAUGGAAAUUAGUACUAAUCAGAAAUUGAAUGCCAUUUUGGAAAGACUUGAAGCAUUGAAAUUAAAGUAAAUGUUUUUUGUUAGAAUUAAUUUUUGAUAUUUAAGAAAAUAGAAAAUACACAAAAUAGAAUCAUAAUAGGGGAAUAAUAUAUUUAAUAAUUAUUUAAGAAGAUAGAUAUAAAAACAUGGAAUAAGUAAUUAUUCAUUAUAAAUUUGUUCUUUGAUUUAUCUAAAUAAAAGUGAUCUGAACUAUUUUAACAAAAUAUGAAGUUCGUUUUUUUGAGAUUUUUUUAUUAAAUAAAGUUAAGUUUAUAUAUCAUUUAUAUUAAUACUGUCUCCAUAUCAAAACUGUAUAUAAAACAUUGCACAAUUUUGAGUUUGCAAAUAUUAAUUUGUAUGAUUUAUUGAUAUUGGUAUGAAUUCAACCUGUUCAUGUAGCAAUGGAAAUUGUAAAUAUUGCUUCAAAAGACAUUAAUAUAUAUAUAUAUAUAUAUAUAUAUAUAUAUAUAUAUAUAUAUAUAUAUCGAUGUACAAUAUCAAAAUGCUAUGAAACAAAUCACAUAUGUAAAUGGAAACAUAAAAAUAUUGUUUUGUAUAAUUUUUUUACAUUAUUUA